ACCUGUUUAUAAAAGACUGACGUGAGCCAAUGAAACCACAUAGAAAGCUGUAUAUAACCGGGAAUUAAUUUUUUUUGUUUGUUUGUUUUUCCAUUGUAUCAUAGUUUUCUUUUACAUUUCGAUAUUUUUAUUAACUCAUUUUGCUGGCUAACGUUAUAUACAUCACCAGAAGAAUAUAUAGUGGACUAUUUGCAAAAUAGGAAGCUAACUGGGAUUGAGAGCCUGAGACGUCAACCGGAAGUGGAAAGGAACACAGUCCCUGUUACUGUGCUUCUGUACAGCAGAGAGGUUGAAGUGAAGCUAAGGCUCGAUGUCGUAUUUCAUAUUGAUGGCAGUCAGACAAGAGGGAUAAUAAAAGUCUCAAUAUGGGAGAUGAUGGCAUGGACUACAACAUAGUCUUUCCGGAGCCAGAGAUCUCAGAGAAAUUCUGGCGUGGAUCGAAGCAACCGGUUGUUAUCCUUUUAGGCUGGGCUGGCUGUCGAGACAAGCAUUUAUCAAAGUACAGCUCAAUUUAUAACGAUCAUGGAUGCAUAACUGUCCGCUACACGGCCCCUUUAAAGACGGUGUUCAUCUCUGAAUCGUUUGGGUACAAGGAACUUCGAAGCACAGCACACAAACUGCUUGAGAUCCUGUAUGACUACGAAGUGGAGAACAACCCAAUCUUCUUGCAUGUGUUUAGCAACGGUGGCUUCAUGCUCUACCGCUAUAUGGUGGAGCUCCUGCAGAGCCACAAGCAGUUCAGCUCGUUGUAUGUGGUCGGCUCGGUGAUGGACAGCUCACCAGGAAACUUGAAUGUCAUCGGUGCCCUACGAGCUCUCAAAACCACACUGGGAACAAAGGUCAAUGUCCUGCUGCGCUGUCUCCUCUUGGCUCUGUUUGCUGUGACCGUGUUCCUGCUCAGAGUCGUCUUAUACCCUGUGACUAAACACUUCCACAAGAACCACUACGAUGCCAUGAUGGAGUGUCCGGCACCUUGGCCUCAGAUGUACCUCUACUCCAGAGCAGACCGAGUGAUCAGAUAUAGAGAUGUGGAGAAGAUGGUGAAAUCACUUCAGGAGAAAGGGGUCCACGUGGAGAGCUUCGACUUCAUCACGCCGGCUCACGUCAGCCUGUUUCGAGACUGUCCUGAUGAUUAUUCGAACAGGUGCCGGACAUUCCUGAAGAUCUGCAUGACUAACUGUGAGGAGUUAAUGAAGAAACGCCUGUGAAUGUGCUACACUGAUUAUAUGAUAGGGUUGGGCGAUAUGGGGAAUAAAAAUCUCACAAUACUGCUAUUUAAGAUAUUGUCAUGAUGCAUAACAUGCAUCACAAUACUUACACACCAGCAGAAUAAUAAGGCUAUUAAAAUUAUAUCAGUGGUAAUUGAAUCAAAAGUCUACAAAGGAAUUUAAUAUGGAAUAAAAUUAGAACACCUGUUAGCUCCUAAUUACUAUUAUUAACCAUGGAGCUGGUGAGUGUUAUAAAAAUAUUAGCAGAUUAUCUAAGAAUAUUGUAUUUUUCCUGUAAUUAAUGAUCAUGUUAAUAGUGUUUCAUCAGAUUGCCCAGACCUACCGUAUUGUGUUUUUCCUUAAAUAUUUUAAGUGAUCUGAAACUACUGUAAAGUGUUUAAAUCCCCAUGUAUAAUUAGUACUGACCGACUUUAUAUAAGGUUUGACUGAACGAAGUGUUGCAUUCGGUAUUUGUCUAUUAAUGUGAAUUAAAAGAUUUUAAUUUAAGAUUAUUUUAAA